AAACUAUUAUUACACUUUGGAUCAUUUUUAACGCAUUUGACCAAUUAUCUACUGGACCAUUACAACUAUGGACAUUUGAAUUAGUGGAAAUGACAAGUGGCUCUAGUAAUACCGAUAUUUUGGAUUUAAAGUAUGACAUUGUACGUUUGGGACGUGGUAAAUAUGGUUUCGGUGGUUUUAUGGAUUUCAAAGUUGACUUCUAUGAUGAUGUCAAAAUUGGUGGUACUAUUGAGAGGAGUAAAUAUCGAGCGGGUCCCUACAGCAUGUUUCCAAUGAGCAUUCAAAACGAGUCAUUUUCAAGCGUAAUGAGUAAAUAUUAUAAACAUAUUUUACAGCCUGUUUUGGAAAAGUGUUGUGAUAACGCUCCAAUUGUGAAGGAUAAAUUUGAGGCACCCUUAACGAAACGUUAUGUGUCACUUAAUAAUUGUGCUCUGACCACGGAUAAUUUACCAAAUGUAAUAAUGGAGGGAUAUUAUAGAUUGCGUGUGACUUUCUCUGGACCAUUGAAUGCGUAUGUCGAGACAUUGUCCUUAGUUGAAACGAAGAUAUUUUGAAGGAAUGCGGAUCGAAAGCCUGGAUUAUGGACUAACCUAGACCUUUUUAUAUAUGUUAAAUUGAUUGUAAGUAUUUUAAAAUUUAAUUCUAUUUUAAUUAAUGUUUGUAAUAUAAGUAAUACAAAAGUUUAUUUAUUGUGAA